UCGGCGGCGCAUCGAUUAGCUCAGCUGCGAGGAUUCGAGAAGCUCGUGACAUUUUCACUGUUCUCGUGGCAAGACGGCAUGUUUGUAUAUAUGGCGCCAUCGGUCUCGCAACCUUCAUCAGCUGUGUCUGUCGUGCAGGUUCACUAGUUUUGUAGUGGAGUGUAUGUGUCAAAGGUAGUUUUCUCGUUUCUGUCAGGUGUGCAGGGGAGGAUAGUUCAGAUGUUACUUGGAGAGAAGACGGCUAUGUCGUUGACGACUUCUAUCUCUGUGGAAUCCUGCCCUCCCCACUCGACGAAGAUGUGAAAGGUCAGUGGAUCCUGUGAACUCUAGAGUAGGAGAGGUGAGGAGUCUGAGUUGGUCACGAGAUCUGUGAUGAUAACAACAACAGUCGUCUUAGCUGCAGUGGGUGCUGAGACCUUGCUUGCAAGGAGAACCCCUCGGUUCACUCUUGCAUUUCUGUGAUGACAACUACCCUCCUGAGAUCUUUUGUUGUCCAGUUGUCUGAUGGAUAUGAGGGGACCUGUGAUGUAAAAAAGGAUCGGAGUUGCAGGGCUGCUGAGCCCUUGCAUGCAAGGAGAACCUACUUGGCACACGUCCUGCAUUUCUGUGACGAUUUACCUCCUACUGAGGUCAGCGCACCGCUUGUGAUCGAAAUGUGUACCUAGAAUUGCCCACUCGGAAGCGUGGCACAGUGUCACGAAGGUUUCCUUGCAGGACCUAUGAUGUAAAAAAGAUUCGGAGCUGCAGGGAUGCUGAGCCCUUGCUUGCAAGGAGAACCUACUUGGCACUCUCCCUGCAUUUCUGUGACGAUUUACCUCUUACUGAGGUCAAUGCAAUGUGUCGUCAUCUAGAGGCUUAAAGAAAUUACGCAGAAACUUACUGGAAGAACCGCAUGGUCUGUCGAGGAUCCAUGAAGUUAGAGAAGUACUGGGGGUGUGAGGAAAGUCACGUUCGCUGUCCCGAGGUAACUUACCAAUCACUUCCCGUGCACUCUGUGGCACAUAUCGCGUUUAGACCUUAUCACCGUUCUUGCUGCUUGCUACGCCUCUCGUUAAUCCCAGGCGUGACAUUUGUGCACGACUGAUUCAUUUGAGGCUGAAAUCAACUCGGAAGUUUCGCUGACAGCAUCCAACGUGAUUCUCACGUCAAUGGAUGUGCUCUGAUAGUAGCUUUUGGACACUUCGCUGUACUCUCGUUUUCCUCAAUGAAACAAAGUUCGUGUUAUUCUUUAUCGGUAGUAUUGUAAGGAUGUGUGCCUCGACCCGGUGCGAAGGACUUCAAGGGGCACGUGGGGUAUGAUAUCG